AUGAGCCAUCUUAUCAAUGAGACCCCAUAUGGGCCCUAUCAGCAUGGCUUGAGGGCCAUUCCCAGCCUCUGCCCCACGAUUAAUGAAGUGCUACUGGUACAGACACACCGAGAUCAAGUUGUGCCGGAAGGUAUCCUCGUGGGUGAAAGUAAACUGCAGAAUUUGAAUGGGCAGACUCUAGAGAUGGGUCUUCAUCCUCUCUGUGGCAGCAAGGACCAAGAACUGUGCGCGUCUUUUCUCAAACACAUGUGCCCCAGUUUGCCAGAAUCAUUCAGAAUGUUUCCCAGGAGUUUAUGUUUCAUGAUUUUACUCAUUUUUCAGAUUAAAGAAAAGGUCAUCCUUGGAGUAGAGGGUCAAGAACUGGUUCAUCCUAAAAGGCUUCCUCUGAUUCAGAAGCGAGAUGUUUGGCACAUCCAUGAGGAUGACAUACAGGAAGCUUAUGAAGAAGAAUUGUUGUAUCAACUAAACCUAAAUAGAAAAAUCUUAAUAAUUCACCUUCUAAAAUCAAGGGAGCUUUUAGCCUUAAAUUACAGUGAGACGUACUACUCCACAAAAGGAGAGGAAAUCACCAAACAUCCUCAGAUCACGGAUCACUGUUUUUACCAAGGAUCUAUCUUACAUGAGUUUGAUUCUGCUGUCAGCAUCAGCACAUGUCAUGGUCUGAGGGGGUUCUUCAGGGUGAGAGAUCAAAGAUACCUCAUUGAACCAGUGAAAUAUUCAGAUGAGGGAGAACAUUUGGUGUUCAAAUAUGACCCCCUGAUGCAGCAGCCUGCCAAUUAUUCUUGUACAGAGCUCAACUUUACCAGGACAACUGUUCCAAAGGGUAAUACUAAAUCCCUGGAAGAUUCCAAAAUGGAAAGCAAGGAAAAAGAAAAGCAUAUUGAACUAUUCAUUGUUGCCGAUGAUAAUGUGUAUCGCAGAAAUAGUCAACCUCAUAGUAGACUGAGGAACCGAGUUUGGGGAAUGGUCAAUUUUGUCAACAUGAUUUAUAAAACCUUGAGCAUUCAUGUGACAUUAGUUGGCCUUGAAAUAUGGACAAAUGGAGACAAAAUAGAAGUAGAUUCAAACAUAGAAACUACCUUAUUGCGUUUUUCAGCUUGGCAAGAAAUAAUCCUUAAAAAAAGGAAAAAUUUUGAUCACAGUAUGUUACUCAGUGGAAAGUGGCUCUACGCACAGGCACAUGGAACUUCCUAUCCAGGGGGGAUGUGCCUGCCCUAUUAUUCCUCCAGUGUUGUUAAGGAUCUCUUACCUGACCUCAAUGCAAUUGCGAGCAGAAUGGCACACCAGCUGGGGCAUAACCUUGGGAUGAGUCAUGAUGAUUACCCGUGUACCUGUGAUUUGGAAAAAUGUGUGAUGAACAGUGGUGGAAGCAUUCCUGCACUGAAAUUCAGUAAAUGCAGCAAAACCCAGUACCAGCAAUUUCUCAAGGAUUACAGCCUAACAUGCAUGUUCAAUGUUCCAUUUUCUGACAAGUUUUCUGAUUACCCAUAUUGUGGAAACAACAGGUUGGAUGAUGGAGAGGAGUGUGAUUGUGGCCUUCUUCAGGACUGCACUAAUCCUUGCUGUGAUGCACGCAAAUGUAUGUUGAAGCCAGGGUUCACUUGUGCUGAAGGAGAAUGCUGUGAAUCUUGCCAGAUGAAAAAAGCAGGGUCUAUAUGCAGGCCAGCAAGAACUGAAUGUGAUUUUCCUGAGAGGUGCACUGGCCACUCUUCGGGGUGUCCUAAGGACCAAUUCCAAGUAAAUGGAUUUCCUUGCAAGAACGCAAAAGGCUACUGCUUCAUGGGGAACUGUCCCACCCAGGAUGAUCAGUGCUCUGAAUUGUUUGAUCAUGAAGCGAAAGCCAGUUCUGAUAUUUGCUACAAGAUGAAUACAAUUGGAAAUAAAUUUGGAUACUGCAAAAACAAGGGACGCAUUUUAAUUCCUUGUGAAGAAAAAGAUAUCAAAUGUGGAAAGAUAUUUUGCACAGGUGGGCAUCACUCUUCUGUCCUUGGAGAAGAGAAGAUCUACCACCUUAAGAAGCAUCUGAAACAGAAUACCAGUGAAUGCAAAACCUUCUAUUUAUACCAUGAUUCUAAGGAUUUUGGCCUGGUUGCACCUGGCACAAAAUGUGGCGAUGGAAUGGUGUGCAGCAAUGGUGAAUGUGUGACUAUUGAAAAGGCCUACAAUUCAACUGAUUGCUCUGCUCAAUGCAAUGAAAAUUCUGUGGAUGACGGUGAACUUGAGUGUCAGUGCGAGGGAAUUCAGGCCUCUACGGAAUGGGAGGAAACCUUAAAUAUUACCAAUCUCUCCAUCCUGGUGGUCGUGCUUGUCCUGGUUAUUUUUGGUGUUGUGGUUGUCAUAUUACUAAUUCGUUUCAAAAAGUGUAUUAGGUUGAAGCAAGUUCAAAGCCCACCUCAAGAAACCGUAGGAGUGGAGAAUAAAGGAUACUUUGGUGAUGAGCAGCAGACAAGGAAUGAGCCCAUCUUACCUGAUAUUCAUCCUCUACAUAAAUCUGCAAAUAAAGAGCACAGAGGAAUGGCAGAUUCCAAUUCAAGUGCCAAAAUGCUAAUUGACCAAGGCAGCAAGUGGAAACUGAAGCUGAUUCCAGAACUGGACUCCACAGUGCAGCUGCUGUUUAUCUGCAAUGCACCACAGAAUCUCUUCCAAGCAGAGCUAGCCUUAAUGCUGACUGUGCAGUCUGUUCCUUCAGAAGCUAAAACAAAUUACCCUUAUUGGCAGAUGGCUGAGACGACUGCAGCUAAGACUGUCUGCAAUGACUUCAAAAUGCCAGGAGCUCUGGGCCUCAUUGAAGAAGUUUGUCGUUGUGACGAUCGGGUUACCCAGGGACAAUUCCUGCUGUGGCCAUUUCAGAUUGUCACCUACAAACACUAG